UUUACCUCUCAGUUUUAAAAGAAACCAACUGACAUUAUUCUGUUAGCUUUUUCCUUCCCCUGUCGUUAAGGCUUUUUUUUUUACCUUAAGUUAGCAUAGCUUGUUGUUAACCUUGGUUCUGAAUGUUAGCUCGCGGCUAACGUUAGCUCUGCUUUUUCACUGAAUGCUUGCUUUUGCUGGGUGCGCACUCCGUUUUUUGUUUCAUUCGCAAUGGAGGACGAAUCCUUCUGUAAUAUUAGCGGCAAACCGAUAUCCUUGGAUUGUCAGAGCCACUCCAGCUUUUGUAGGGAGUUCACUGUUAGCACCCCAAAGAUAUCCAUCGGUAAAGUGAUGGUGUACACCUGCUCUGUGUGGCUUUUUGCUUAUACUGUGUUCUUCUUCACGCAGAACACUGCAGUUCUCUCCAGUGCUAUACUUAUCACCCUGGUGGGAAUGAUGCUUCACAUCCACUUUGUGAAGGUGGACCAUGAGUCCCUUCUCGUCAUUGGCUCCUUGGGCAUCCAGGUGUCUUCCAGCUAUGCAUCAGGUCGCGAGGUCACCACUUUCAUCGAGAUGAGCAAGAUCAAAGAUAUUGUCAUCAAUGAAGCCGUUUACUUGCACCAGAUCAUCUACUACUUGUGUGUGCUGUUGAGGGACCCCUCAGAACCCCAUGGAGUGUCGAGUGUUGUCACCUUGUUUCAGAGCUCCAAGCCCAGGCUCAACUGCUUAGUGAAAAUUUACAAGAGCUGUCAGGAGAUUCUGUCUACGUGCAAAUGACCUUCAAGUGUUUAACAUUCAUGGAUAUUCAGUGAUUUAUAUGUAGUAUUUUUUGUAAUAUAAAAAAAAAAUCAUGCAUGAAACAAGAAAGAUGUUAUUUAUUCCUAUGAAGUAGUUUGAAUAUUUGAGCUUGUUAUAAAGGUAGUUUCCUAUUAAAAUAUGUUUUGAGAUUAAAAAAAAUAACUGUAAAGCCAUAACUGUAGACAUACUUUGAAAUUAAAACACUUAUAUUUAUAUUAACUACAUUA